ACUAGCAUAUCAUAAAAACAAUUUCUCAAAAAACUUCCUAUUAGUUACUAUGGCUUUUCAUUACUCUAUUUCUUUCCUUUCUUGCAUUAUUGUUUUAGCAAUUUUGCCUAUUAAUGCCCAAAUUGUGACAUCUCCAUGUACAGCAACAAUGCUGACAAGUUUCACUCCUUGCUUGAAUUUCUUGUCCAACGGCAACGGAACGGCUACACCAUCUCCUGGCUGCUGCAAUGCACUGAGAACAAUGAUGGGCAAUGGCUCUGCUUGUCUCUGUGUUAUUGCAAGUGGUGGCAUUCCCUUUCAGAUUCCUAUUAAUCCUAACACAACCAUGUCUCUUCCUCGAGCUUGUAACAUGGCUCGGGUUCCCCUCCAAUGCCAAGCCUCCACUCCACCUGCAGCAGCUCCAGGUCCUGUUGGAACAGAGGCUCCAAGUGCUUCACCAACAUCAGCUCCUACUCCUUCUCCUAGUCCUAAAGGUACAACAGCUUUCAACCCAAUGUCACCAGCUUUGGCACCACAAGCUGAUGUAAUUCCUACUGUAACUCCACCAUCUCCAUCCGCGACGAAUUCCGGCCGCCGUCAAAACCCUAAUACUCCAUCAGCUGCCCCUUCUGUUGGCUAUGGUUUUUCACCAUUGGCCUUCAUUGCUGCAUUUGGUGCAAUUGCUUUUAUGUUGUAUUAGUUUGAAGUUAGACAGUACUAAAGUUAGAAAAUUUGUGUGAGAUUUGUACUAUUUUGUUAUACAACUAUUCUUUGAUGUAAUACAGAAUCUUGAAUUUUUUUAAUGUAUUUCUUGUUGUAUUAAUACUAAGGACUCUUUGAAUUUUUUAAA